AUGGAAGGAAACUCAAGUUUAUGGAAGAACCUAAUCAAUGAACACCCUGUCUGCACCAUCUGGAAGCAGGAGGCUGAAGGAGCCGUCUAUCAUCUGGCCAGUGUUUUAUUUGUAGUAGGUUUCAUGGGUGGCAGUGGAUUCUUUGGGCUUCUUUAUGUCUUCAGUUUGCUGGGAUUGGGCUUUCUCUGUUCUGCUAUCUGGGCUUGGGUGGAUGUCUGUGCAGCCGACAUAUUUUCCUGGAAUUUUAUACUGUUUGUCAUCUGCUUCAUACGGUUUGUUCACAUUGCCUAUCAAGUCCACAGCAUAACCUUUGCCCGAGAAUUUCAGCUGUUGUACAGCUCCCUCUUCCAGCCUCUGGGGACCUCUUUGCCCGACUUCAGAACUAUUGCUAUGAGCUCAGAAGUGGUUACUCUGGAAAAGGAGCACUGCUAUGCCAUGCAGGGGAAAACCUCCAUUGACAAACUCUCCUUGCUUGUCUCAGGAAGGAUCAGAGUGACAGUUGAUGGAGAAUUUCUGCAUUACAUUUUCCCCUUCCAGUUCCUGGAUUCUCCUGAAUGGGACUCACUGAAACCCACAGAGGAAGGCACUUUUCAGGUAACCCUCACAGCAGAAACUGAUUGUCGAUAUGUGUCUUGGAGGAGAAAGAAAUUAUACUUGCUCUUGGCUCAGCAUCGGUAUAUCUCCCGCCUGUUUUCGGUUUUAAUUGGCAGUGACAUUGCAGAUAAACUCUAUGCCUUGAAUGACAGGGUAUACAUAGGAAAAAGAUACCAUUAUGAUAUUCGGUUACCCAACUUCCUUCAAAUGUCAAGUCCUGAAAUGUCCAAGUCAUCCCUGACAGAACAUUUUCAGAAUUCCAGACGAUAUUGUGAUAAAUGA